AUGUAUACAAAAGACCCAAAGCCUUCAACUGUACCCAUACUUAGUAUGCAACCAGAAUUAUGUAAAAAACAAGAAGAGCAAGUUGAAGAAGGAAGUGAAAAUAAAAUAACUGCAAACGAUUCAGAGGCAAACUUUACACAUUUUCAUCAAGAACCCGCAAUAAGGAUAGUCCUGAUUGGGAAUACUGGAACUGGAAAGAGUGCAUCGGGAAACACAAUUUUGGGAAGGAAGGAGUUUUUAUCUGAAGUCAGCCCAUGCCCAGUAACACAGGUAUGUCAAAGUGCAGUAGGUAACGUGGCUGGGAAGCAUGUUGCUGUGGUCGACACUCCUGAUUUACUGGACACUGAUCUCUCCGUGAAUGAGGUUAAAAAAAGGUAUGGUGAACUUUUUUUUUCUGAAAUUCAUGUUUACCUUCUAGUUAUUCAGCUGGGACGCUUCACAGAGGAGGAGAGAAACACUUUUGAGAGAAUACAAGAUAUCUUUGGAGUUGAAGCCUUAAAGAAAAUUAUGGUUCUCUUCAGUUUUGGGGAUAGGCUGAAGGGCAAGAAAGUGGAGGAGUUUCUACAGACAAAUAAGGACCUUCAAUGGCUCAUAAAGCAAUGUGGGGAAAGGUAUCAUGUGUUCAAUAAUCUUGACAAUAAUGAUAAACAGGUCAAAGAACUAUUUGUGAAGCUAGACAAAAUGUUGACUGUGAAUGAAAUGGGAACUGGCAAACAAAACACUGCUUUACAAUUAUCAUGUCAACUAGAAUUAAAUCAAGAAAACCAAGCAGAAGGUGACAAAAUGCUGAGUAAAAGGUUAUCAGAGCAAACGUUUCCAGUGACAACUCAGCCUUCUACAAUUCAGAUAUUACUUAUUGGACGUGCAGGUACUGGAAAGAGUGCCUCAGGAAAUUUAAUCAUGGGAAGAGAAGUGUUUUUGCCUGAAGUCAAUCCUUGUUCGGUAAUGCAAGAUCUUCAACAAGUCGAGGGGAAUGUUUCAGGAAGACAUAUUAUUGUAGUUGAUACUCCAGAUUUAUUACAUUUAGAGAGGUCUUUCACCAAAAUCAAACAAAAGUGCACUGCGCUUUCAGCUCCGGGAUGUCGUGCUUACCUUCUAGUCAUUCAGUUGGAUUGCUUUACACAGGAGGAGAUGAAAGCUGCUGAGAAAGUACAGGAGAUAUUUGGAGCUGAUGCUUUGGAUAAUACCAUUGUUCUGUUCACCUUUGGAGACAGGCUGAAAGACAAGACAAUUGAAGAAUUUCUCAAAACCAACAAGGGGCUCCUUCAGCUUGUUAAAAAGUGUGGCAACAGGUACCAUGUCUUUAACAAUCUCGAUGUGCAUGAUCACACACAAGUCGAACAUCUAAUGUCAAAGAUUGAAAAAUAUCUAUCUGUGAAUAUGUGCAUAGAAGAAUCAAAGCCUGCAACCAUACCCGUACUUAGUCAAAAACCAGAAUUAUAUGAAAAACAAGAAGAGCAAGUUGAAGAAACUAAAAUAAUUGCAGACGAUUCAGAGGCAAGAUUGACACUUUAUCAUCAAGAACCCGCAGUAAGGAUAGUCCUGAUUGGGAAUACUGGAACUGGAAAGAGUGCAUCGGGAAACACAAUUUUGGGAAGGAAGGAGUUUUUAUCUGAAGUCAGCCCAUGCCCAGUAACACAGGUAUGUCAAAGUGCAGUAGGUAACGUGGCUGGGAAGCAUGUUGCUGUGGUUGACACUCCUGAUUUACUGGACACUGAUCUCUCCGUGAAUGAGGUUAAAAAGAGGUAUGGUGAACUUUUUUCUUGCAAAGCUCAUGUUUACCUUCUAGUUAUUCAGCUGGGGCGCUUCACAGAGGAGGAGAGGAACGCUAUUGAGAGAAUACAAGAUAUCUUUGGAGUUCAAGCCUUAAAGAAAAUUUUGGUUCUCUUCAGUUUUGGGGACAGGCUGAAGGGCAAGAAAGUGGAGGAGUUUCUAGAGACAAAUAAGGACCUUCAAUGGCUCAUAAAGCAAUGUGGGGAAAGGUAUCAUGUGUUUAAUAACCUCCAGAAUCAUGAUGACAAGCAGGUUAAAGAACUUUUUAUGAAGAUAGAUAAAACAUUGACUUUGAAUAAACAGGUAGCUGGAAAACAAAAUACUGAUUUGCAGAUAUCUCAAUUAGGAUUAAAUGAAGAUUAUCAAGAAGAAGAAGAAAUUUCCAUUAAAAGGCUACCGGCAGACACUUUUCUAGUGUCUCCAUUACAGCCUUCAGCAAUCCAUAUAGUAUUGAUUGGAAGCACAGGGACUGGAAAGAGUGCCUCAGGAAAUACAAUCAUGGGAAGGAAAGUGUUCUUAUCUGAAAUCAGCUCAUGUCCAGUGACACAAAAGUUUCAAAAGGCUGAGGGGAAUGUGGCAGGAAGACAUACCAUUGUGGUUGAUACUCCAGAUUUAUUAGAUUCAGAGAGUCCGUUAACUGAAAGCAUUGGAUUUUUGAUUCCUGAACCUUGUGUAUACCUUCUUGUCAUGAAAUUAGGUCGCUUUACACAGAAUGACAUGAAAGCUGCAGAAAAAGUACAAGAUAUAUUUGGAACUGAUUCUCUGAAGAAUACUAUUGUCCUUUUCACCUUUGGAGAUAGGCUGAAUGGCAAGAGAGUUGAAGAUGUUCUGGGAAGGAACACAAACCUCAGAUUGCUUGUGGAAAAGUGUGGAAACAGGUACCAUGUCUUCAACAAUCUCAUUGCUCAUGAUAACGCACAAGUCAAAGACCUUCUGCAGAAGAUUGAGUAUAUGCUUGUAGUGAAAAAUGGAGAGCAUAAAUCAGACUUAAUUAUUUCACCAGUACAAGAAACAAAUGACAUCUCAAAAAAUGUGGGUAAAAAACAAGGAAGUAAAGAUGUGACCAACAGACAACAACAACCUAUUCUUGUUGGGGGAAGAUAUAAAUUUUCCUCUAAGGUUCCUGCAAUACAGAUAGUUUUGAUUGGUAAUAUUGGUAAUGGCAAGAGUGCUUCGGGAAAUACAAUCCUUGGAAAAGAUGUGUUCUUAUCUGAGGUCAGCUCAAGCUCAGUAACACAGAAAUGUCAACGCAAAGCAGGAAAUGUAGCUGGAAGACGUGUUAUUGUGAUCGAUACUCCAGCUUUAUUAGAUUCAAAAUAUUCUUUCACUGAAGUGAAAUGCAUGUGUGAGGAGCUCCCUUAUCCUUCCAUUAAUUUGUACCUUCUAGUUAUUCAGCUGGGUCACAUUACAGAAGCUGAGAAGAGAGCUCCUAUUACAAUACAAAAAAUAUUUGGGGGUCAGGCUCUGAAGACAACUAUGGUUCUCUUUACUUUUGGAGAUAAACUGAAGGGUAAAAGUAUUGAAAAUUUCUUAAAAGAAAACAAAGAUGUCCACAAGAUUGUAAAGGACUGUGGAGGAAGUUAUCACGUCUUUGAUAAUCUCAAUCAAUAUCAUCAGACACAAGUUCCAGAAUUACUGAAAAAAAUACAAAACAUGGAAGCAUCUGAUCAACAAACCCCCAUACCAAGUGACAUUGUGACAGUCAGACCAAGAGUAAAUAAUAUGUUUCAGCUUUGGUGGGAAAGUCUUUGGCACUGA